UGUGAUAAACUUAUUAAAUAGGUAGAGAUGAAAUGAGUCUGAUGCGAUGACUGUUUCUGUAGUCUCGAGGUCAAACUUAGCUCUAUCUGCACGCUGUGUGCCUUGCCUCCUUAAACGACGUGCAAUUGCAGAAUCCAAACGAUCUCUCUCAUCAUUUGAAGAUGUUUCAUUCAAGUACCUGAAUGAAUUCCAGAACUCAAUAUCAGAGAAGACAAGGAGAGACUUCUGGCAUGACCAGGCACAGGCCAUAUCGUGGAUGAAGAUGCCAACAAAAAGUCAGACACUCCAGUUUGACCCAGAGCCACGAGGCGAUAUGAUCAGACCAAAAUGGUUUGUGGGCGGUGAGUUGAAUGCGUGUGAGAAUUGUGUGGACAGACAUGUGCAGGCAGGCCAUGGUGACCAGGUGGCCAUCAUCCACGACAGUCCAGUCACUGACUCCAUCUCAAAACUCACAUAUCAACAGCUAUUCCACAAGGUGAACAGUUUGGCUUAUGUUCUGCAGAAAGAACUGAAUGUUGUAAAAGGUGACCGAGUCUUGAUCUACUUGCCGAUGAUCCCCGAAGCCGUCAUCACUAUGCUCGCCUGUGCGCGUAUAGGCGCAGUGCAUUCAUUAGUAUUCGGAGGAUUCGCGGCGAGGGAACUGGCCACUAGAAUAGACCAUGCUGAACCCAAAGUGGUGGUGUCGGCGUCGUAUGGAAUUGAGCCCACGAGAAAAGUCAACUACAAGUUACUACUGAAUGAUGCCUUGUCGUCUGCGCAGCAUAAAGUGCACAAAUGUCUUAUAUACCAGAGACCUGAAUUGGACCCUGUGCAGUUGAGCAGUGGGAUUGACCUGAACUUUGGUGAGAUGAUGGAGAGUGCCAAGGACAAAAUGGUGGACUGUGUGGCACUGGACGCCAUGGAUCCACUCUACAUUCUGUACACUUCAGGCACCACUGGAAAGCCAAAAGCCAUAGUUCGACCAGUGGGGGGUCAUAUGGUAAUGCUGUCCUACUCGAUGCAUGCGAUCCUGGACGUCAAGCCCUCGGAGACAUACUUGGCCGCAUCUGACCUGGGCUGGGUGGUGGGACACUCUUACAUAUGCUAUGCGCCUCUGCUCAACCGAAACACAACCAUCAUCUAUGAGGGGAAGCCAGUGGGAACUCCGGACGUGACAGCCUACUACCGGAUCCUGAAGAAGCACAGGCCAGUUUCUCUCUUCACUGCACCCACUGCUCUCAGAGCCAUCAAGAGGGAGGAUUCGGAGGGCGAGAGGGCCAAGAAGUUCCUGCCUUUCAGCAAACUCAGGUCCAUCUUCGUGGCAGGGGAACAUCUGGAUGUGGACACUCUUCAAUGGGCCAAGAGGACUUUCAAGGCUCCCGUCAUCGAUCACUUCUGGCAAACUGAAAGUGGUUCUCCUAUUCUAUCAGUUAUGAUGGGCAAACAGAUGGACACAAACACGCCCCUGGGAUCAUCUGGCAAAGCAGUGCCUGGAUUUGAUGUUAGAGUUGUGAAUCCCGAGGGAGAGCAAUUAUCUUCGGGGGAACUCGGAAACAUAGUGAUCAGGACGCCUUUGCCUCCUGGUUUCUCAGAUGGGCUCUACAAAGACGAGGACGACAAAGUGUUUAGAGAAAAGUACUUCACAACAUUCAAGGGAUGCUACGAUACUCAUGACACUGGCUUCUCAGAUGUAGAUGGGUUUGUGAGUGUGCUGUCCAGAACUGAUGACGUCAUCAAUGUGGCUGGCCACAGGCUCUCCACCAGUGCACUCGAAGAGGCCAUGCUGAAGCACUCAUCAAUUACGGAGUGUGCAGUAAUUCCAGUUCCAGACGAGAUCAAAGGAUUAGUUCCGCUAGGUGUGGCUGUUCUUAAAGCAGGAGUGUCCAACGUGGAUCUAGUGUGUAAGGAGUUGGUGCAGUUAGUGAGGCACGACAUAGGUCCAGUGGCAGCCAUGAGCAGGGUGCUGGUGGUGUCCAAGCUGCCCAAGACCAGAUCGGGCAAGAUAUCCAGAACUACAAUGGCGUCACUUGCUAAAGAUGCGCCCUUCUCUAUCCCUCCGACUAUAGAAGACGCUACAGCCUAUGAUGAACUGCUUGAGCAGCUGCAGUCGAUCGGAUUUGCAAAGCAACCCCAAAUGCUCAACCGAAAAGACUUCACAUAACUCUAGUUUUAUCCUUCGAACAAAAUAUCGCUUUCAAAGUUUAAUAUAUACCAGAUUUUGAACCAUGCUUUCUGUAUCUCUUGUCCCUAGAUCCAUAUUUGUUAAGCUCUUAAGAACAAGUAGUCAAUUUCAAAUUUACCAGUGUUCUUUUGAAGUGAAAGUGUAUGUGUAAAUGUUCAAAAGCACCGCAUUAUAAUAACUUCAAAAAAUUUGUAUAGUGCUUUAUUCAAAUCAAAUAAAAAUCAAUCCUUCAAUCAGGAGC